AUGAGAAACAUGUCUAAUAUUUUAAGAUCCAAAAUAAAGGUUGCAUUGGUGCAAAUGUUGGGUUCGACUCCCGAUAAGAUGGCGAAUUUAGCGCAUGCGGCUACGAUGGUCGAGAAGGCCAUGACUGAUCAACCGGAGACUAAAUUGCUAGUAUUGCCUGAAUGUUUUGCUGCACCUUACGCUACGGACAAGUUUAGAGAGUAUGCUGAAGUUGUCACUUUGGAAGGUGUUGGGUCACCAUCCGUUCGUAUGCUUUCAUACUUGGCACGCAAAUGGAAGGUGACACUUGUUGGAGGUUCUAUUCCGGAGCUCGAUCCGCAGACCUCAAAGGUUUACAAUAGUUCUUUGGUGUUUGGCCCGCAAGGUGAUCUCAUCGCGAAACAUCGCAAGAUACAUCUUUUUGAUAUCGAUAUUCCAGCUGGUAUCACUUUCACGGAAAGUGACACCCUAUCCGCCGGUGACAAGCUUACUGAAGUGAAGAUGGACGAGGGCACAUUCGGUGUCGGUAUCUGCUAUGAUAUCCGUUUCCCCGAGGUGUCUACCAUUAGUGCCAGAAGAGGUGCCUUUGCCAUGGUGUAUCCCGCUGCUUUCAACACCUUUACCGGACCGAUGCAUUGGCACUUGCUAGCGCGCUCCCGCAGUAUUGAUAACGAGAUAUAUACCAUAUUUUGCUCCCCAGCACGCGAUCUCAACAGCAACUAUCAUGCAUACGGACACAGUCUUGUUGUUAACCCUCGCGGUGAGGUGAUCGCAGAGGCGGGAGAAGGUGAAGAAAUCAUUUAUGCGGAGCUCGAUCCAGAGCUUAUUACCCUAGUGCGUCGAGCAAUCCCAGUCACAAUACAAAGACGUUUUGAUGUCUAUCCGGACGUUAGCAACCUGCCGCCAAAAUAG